GCUGCGCGCGCCCCAAUCCAGUCCAGUAGUAGCAUCCCACUCCGGGUUUUGCGCGACGCUCCUGCUCUGUUGCCGUCUCGCGGCCCCUGGCUGCUGUUUACUGAGCUCUUGUCCUGAUAUCACUCCGCUGGCAUGGAGGAGGAGAGCGCUUGAUCAUUGUGAUGGUAGUUCAGUAGCAGAUUAGCACUUUGGUGUUCAGCGACGCUUUCGCCGAGCGAGUUCACCAAAACGCAUGGAUUAUUCACAUAUGUUUCCCCAACAAGUAUGCUUAUUUUCACAAACCCACUUCUUUUGGAAUGCAAGUGAGUAAAAGAACUCUGGGGGCGGUGUGAUAUAAACACCCAAAAACUUUUUCUUCUUGCUGGAGGAAAACAAUAAGAAAGCUUGGCUACAUCUGAUAUGUGUGAGAGAUUGAGUGGGAUUGCUUGCAACAUCCGGAUCUCUUGGAAUUGAUCUGAACUAGUGGAUUACAAGAAGUGUUUACACAGCAGGCAACCUAUGGUUACUGCCUUUUUUAUCUGUAUACAUUUGGCACUGUUAUUUAUAUUGAAGUCUGUCAAAUAUAUGCUCUAAGUAGAGGAACGUGGGGGCUUCAACAUCUGUUUUAAUUCAUUUUUGUUGGGGGGGGGUUUCCCCUUUUUGUGAGAAAACAGGAUUAAAAGUUGUUCCAAAAUAGUGUGCGGAAAGGGGAGGAUGGGGGAUUUUGGAGCCCCCACUGCCACAAACGACCCUAACCCCCUUUGCAUGACUAGUGGCACCGCUGCUAACUUGAGCGGCUGUGGCGGCGCUGGGAAUGCUGGCAGCCUGAACAUUCCAAGGCACAGCACCGUGGUGGAGCGGCUGAAGCAGAGGAUUGAGAGCUGUCGCAAGCAUCAUGUCAGCUGUGAGAGCAGGUACCAACAAGCUCAGCUCGAGCAGCUGGCGCUGGAGCGCCGCAGCACCGUCAAUUUGCACCAGCGCACCUUGGAGCAGAAUGCCAAGAAGUCUGCUAGCAAACAGCAGAACAAGCAGCAGCAGGACGCAGAAGCUGCUUUUGCUGGGCAGAGGAACAACACUCUUAUUGCGCUUCAAGAAACUGUUAAGCGAAAACUGGAAGGAGCACGGUCACCUCUGAAUGGAGAGCAACAGAAUGGUGUAUGUGACAGUAGUUUCUCUCCAACCACUAAGCGUAUACGAAAGGAUGGGCCAGGGUUGGAUGCCACUAACUGCUUUCCAAACAACCUCCCGGUACCAUCAGUCUCCCCUCUGCAUCAUUUGGACAUCAAGCCCACCUUACCUUUGCAAAACAGUGGGACUCAUAUUAGUGGACUGGAUGAUGCGGACAAAAACAGUGGCGUGUCAGACUUAAAGGUUCCAAUAAAUGGCAGUGCUGAGUUGGAGGAAGGCUUUAAUCUUGUCCAGAGCAAAGACAUGAAGCAAGAACCUCUGGGUGACUGUGUAUGCUUAGACCCUUCAGAUUCUUCCCUUUCAAAUCAAAAUAAACUUUUCUCUGACAUCAAUCUCAAUGAACAGGAAUGGCAGGAAUUAAUUGAUGAAUUGACGAGCGCAGUUCCAGAAGUAGAUAUGCAGGAUUUAUUUAAUGAGGAUUUUGAGGAGAAGAAAGAACCAGAUUUUGGUAGGCCAACAGCAGAUACUCCACUUCCUCAGGAGUGCCUAAGCAUCAAGAGUGAUUCAGCUCUGUCUCCAUUUCCUCAUGUCCCAGUAGGGUCCCCUCAGGUCAGACCAGCUUCUUCAGGUCCACAAUUUUCUAAUGUAUCAUCAGCUUCCAUCAUCUCUUCAGUUUCCAGUGCUCCACCAGCUCCAGUGACUCCCAUUUCCCCAGCAAACUAUGCAAUUCCGUCACCUCAGACUCCCAACCAAGGCCAGGCCCAGCCACAGUCACGACCUGGGAGUGGUUUUAUGUUGAACUCUGUGCCAGGUUCUGGAUCCACUGCCACACCUGUUUCUAAUGCUGAUCUGUCACCAGCAGAGCAGCUCAAACAAAUGGCAGCUCAGCAGCAGCAAAGGGCAAAACUUAUACAGCAGAAGCAGCAGCAGCAAAGUCAGGCAUCGAGCUGGUCACCUGUUGGGCCUCCAUCUAGCCCAUUUGGCGGAACAUUUAAUGCAGAAAAGCCAAGUAGUCCUAUGAUGUACCAACAAGGAUUUAGUAACCAAAACCCUGUUGUACCUGCUGUGGCGAACAACCCACAGAAACCUGCUGUAAAUAACUACCUCCCUCCAAAUCACAUGACUUUAAUGAAUCCACAAGCUGACGGUUUAAGUCAAAGUACUGUGAAUAAACAAGCCAAUGUACCAUCCUAUGGAAACACUAAGCGUCUGUCACACUUUGGGGCUGAACACGUAGGUCAGAGAAUAACCCCUCCAAUGGCAAAUGCACACAAGAGUCCCAUGAUGCCAUACAUGACGCAGCCACAGCAGGUGGUCCCACCUCAUCAGAUGUCAGGCCAAAUGGUACAUUUAACUGAGGAGCAUAAACGCUUGCUUUUGAUGAAGCAGAAAGGACUGCUGACCCAGACCAUGCAUUUUGGAGCCAUGCCGCCUCACAAUCAGGAUCAGAACCCAGUGGGGAUCUCUCGAUCUGCAGGAUCCAUCCAGCCUUCUGUAGCAGGUCCUGGAGCCAUGGCUCCACUACCUGGCUCUAGUCCUGUGGGGUCAACAUACAUCAGAAACCAGCAGCAGGUGCAAGCGGCCAUGAUGUUUAUGGAAAGCGAAAAGCCAUCUCUCCAGCAAGUCCAGAUGUUGCAGAAACAGCAGCAGCUUCUGCGGGAACAGAGACAGCAGCAGCAGCAGCAGAUGGUUAAACAACAUAUGCAGCAGCAGCAACAACCACAGCAGCAGCAGAGGAAUCCAUUCCCAGUGCAACAAGUCACCCAGUUCCAAGUUGGUUCUCCACAAGAUUUGGCAGCAGCAAGAAACCAGGCCGUUCUUCAGAAUAUGAGAAGCUCAAGAAUUAUGGUCCAGAAUGCAGGCAUGAUUUCAAUGGGAGCUGUUCAAAAUCCUGCAACCAUGCCUGCAGCUGCUGGGCAGACUGAAAUGGCAAUGAACCCUUACAAUACAGCUGUCACUAACCAGCAAGCAAUGUAUGGUAUGAACACAGGAAUGAGACAAAUGUUACAGCAUCCAAACCAAAGUGGCAUGAAUGUGCCACAUAAUCCUGGCCAUGGACCACAGCAGCCCACAUCUACACAGGAUGUUGGAAUGCCUGCAGGAUUUACCCAAAGCAUGUUAGCAUCUGCUGCAAUGUCUCAGCAACAUCCACAAAUGAAAGGAACUGUGGGGCAGUCUUUACCCAGAGCCCAGGCUCCAAGACUUCCAAGCAUGAUGGGUAAUGCUACUCAGGGGGUUCAAGGUUGGCAACAACAGAGUUUGCAGGCUAUACAAGGAAGGACUAGUGGAGAAAUGACCUCAUUUAAUAACAAUACAGCUUAUCUGAUGUCACAUGGACAGCCUAGAACUGCCAAGCAGCAUCUCCCUCAAACAAUUAGUCAGACUGUUGUGGACGCUUCUGGAACAGUGAGGAACCUAAACCCAGCAAUGGUAGGGCAGAUGAUGCCAUCUUUGUCUGGUCAGCCAAGAGCUUGUCAGCCAAGAUCACUUGUAAUGACUGCCAUGACGCAAAGCAUUCCAAACAUGCAAGCCUUUAACCAAGCCGCCAGUCAACAGAUGCCUGGUGGUUCCUUUGUUCCUGGCAGUCAAAGUCAAGCCUAUCAUCGAAGCAUCAGUCAAGACUUAUGCUACAGUUAUGGUAGUCAGUCAGCUGCUGGUUCAUUUCCGGGCAUAACUGAAAGCACAGACUUAGCAGACUCUAUAAUGAAAGGAGGAUCAGCUGAUGAGUGGAUGCAAGAGUUUCAUGAACUGUUUGGGAACCAGUAACGAAUGGACUUAAUUAUUGCUUUAUUUUUAUUACUAAUAAUUGUAAUAUGGACAACUAAACCUUGGUUAGUACACAUGGCUGAGCUGAAAUAUCUGUCUUCAUAGUGGCUACUUUAAUUGUAUUGCACUGAAUGUUGAGCUGGCUUUAGUCUGAUACAUUUCCAGAAUUCAUUAUAUCAUAAAGCCCAUACUGGUUUUCCUGAGGGUCUGCAUUUAAAAUGCAAGGUUGUGAUCAGCAGUGGACCACAGAGAGGUGAGACUCUGGAAUUGUGGCAUCACUUUCCACAGUCCAGGACAGGCAUGUGCAUCUGCACAGACCUAUAGUACUUGGGCAUAGCCCAGCAGGCUGACCUUGCAGCACAGGUCGCAAAUGUCACACUGCUGCACAUUGACUCACUUGUCACAUAAUGACAAAACAGCUGUCUGACUCGAAGUGACAUGAGAAGCAGCUAUGGAGGUACUAAUAGUGUUAGUAGUAGGGUCCUGCCUAUACACCAUUUCAUUAGUCUCUUUAUGUCAGACAGCAAACUUGUGUGCAAAUGUCAGAUUGGCAGGUAAUACAUUUAUGAUUUAACCAAAAUGCAUACAAAGUAUUUGUUUGUCUUGUUUUAUCUACUAACCAGUGACCUCCUCUAAGUUAGCAGAUGUGCAUCACGCUACUAAAACUGAACAUGGAGCUUGGCAAACCCUUAUCUUUAAUGCGAUUCCAUAAGAUCUGUCUAUUAGCAAUUCUAAUCAGUUUUAACCAGUACCUAGAAAUGGUUCAUUGUUUUUGAGUACUUCUAAGGGGUUCAGUUUGCAUACUGAAAUCCAAACACACGCAGUUUUGUAUGACAGUUUGUAGUAUUAAAGCAGGAAGUUUGGUGGUACAUAAACUUUUGCUGCUGUAGUUAUUGGUGUAGCACUCCACAUUGCUUUGUGUGUGUGGCAGUUUCCCCCAAGGUCAAAUUGUAGACUUUUCUGUCUUAAAUUCCCAAUGAACUGGUAGGACUAGCUCCAUUACUUUGUGCUCUGAGCUCUUGUUUUGCCACUCUCCUCCUCUCUGAUCUAUACUUCCAGUUCUGAACACACAGGCGCCACCCGUUAUGUUUUUGUGCUGGUGAUUAUCAGCUGCAAGUGCGUUUUGUGAGAGUUUUUAAAUUAGCUGAUGCAGGAGUGGGGCAGACAGCUUCUGAAAAAGGAUCCAGAGUUUUUACUGUUUUUAUUUGGUUAAGAAAGCAUAGCAGAAUCUGUCCGUCUCAGAAGACACUGUGCACGUGCCCUUUUUUGUCCAUUAUAGUAAAAAAGUGUGGUUGAUUUGUGAGCAGAUAACAAUAACACUGUAAUAGCAAGCAAAGGGUAGACUAGUCUGUGAAAUUAAAAUAACCCAGUGCAUGCAUUUGGUUAUUCUUGUUUACAGUACUGUCCUUUAUUUUAUUAUUAUUAUUAUUAUUUUGCAGAUUAUUUAUUGAAAUCUCUACCUUUAUGAAAUACGUGUGUGUUUUUCAGCUGUAUAUGUAUGUAUAUAUGUUGGGUUGGGGUGGAGUAGGUAUAUAUACCCUUAGUCCAUGGCCUUCUCACUUGAUAACUUGUUCAUCUUCAUUCCAGAGACUUUCGUGUGAUUAUAAGGUGUAGUUUUUUUUUUUUUUUUAACGAAUACCUUUUAAAAAAACAAAAUCACAGUUUUUUUACAUUACAGCUCAGCUGCCAUUUUCCUGCCCAUCUACAUAUUGUUGUGAUCACUUUGUUUUGUAAGUCAAGACCUUGGAGGCAUUCCUUUGCCAGGGUGGCUAAGCUGAAAUCCACAAGUUAAUUUAGGAAAAGCAUACUCAAGAAGGACCCUUCCAUGGCUCGGUAAUGACAUUGCUAAGGUUGUGUUGUCUCUGAAAGCUUCCUCCAAAUACUUUGUAUCAGGACCAAGUAAAUAUCGAUGUAGAUUUAAAAGAGCAUUUUGUACUAUGGUGCUGAUGUACAUGUGAUGUUUAAAAAGAAAAGAAUCUGUAAUGGUUAUAUGUAAAUAUGUUUUUACAGGUACAAAAAAACUAUCAAUUAUAUCACUGGGUCUCAAAUGAUUUCUGUUUUAAAAUAAAAUAUUUUAUUUUACCUUUAAAAUCAUCUUCUAGACAGAAGUAUUGCACUUCAGUGUCUUACUACUAAUUUCUACUGUAUACAUGAAAAUGACUUCCUUCAUUUUAUUAGAAUUCUUUCUAGAUUUUUUUUAUCAUUAUUCUAUAUCCUUAGCAGAACUUUUUUGAAAUUGUACAGAACUGAACAUGACAAAAAAGGAUGAUGAAGAUACUGUUUUUUCCAUAAAACAAUGAGAAUGUUAUCUAAAUGAGUUAUUAAAAUGUCUUUUACUGAGUAGUAACUGA